UCAGGACGUGCAAGCAUCCGAAGCUUGUCCCUCACAAGCCUCGUACCGUAGCUGCAGGCUGCGAGCAAAUCGCCCGUUGAUUUUCCACCCUCUCCUGCCGGAGCGGCAGCCGCUUCGUCUCUCCGUAGACGGGCCCCAGGUCCGCGAGGUUUCACGUUCACCUGUCGGUCGAUGUGAAACACCACGACCCGCAACCCAGCGUCGGCUCUGUUUGAGGUUGCAAAACACCCAGCCUGCGAAAGCAGCAUAUGGCCCGGACCCGUUCUUCGCGCGCUCUUAACUAUCCGUGUGCUAUUAUCUGAUCUUCUUGCAUCUGCCCCAGAGUUUUUCUUUCUCUUACCCCCUUCCCCCUCCCUCCUCCACCCCAUUGCACAAUGUCAGAUUCCCGGUAGCUGUUUUCUCCCUUUAAUCUCUUGUCCUUAUCUGUGGUAGACACACGCUCUCCUCGCCCAAACGGCCCAUUAAUCUGCUCACACUUUGCUCGUGCCAAUCCUAUCUCGUUUCUGCGAAACCGAGAUGCGUGGCAAUCUUGAGCUGCUGCUCAUUUCGUCCUCAGUCUUGUCGGCUUCCAUCGCGAGCGCUGCAGAGCAAGAGGGAAGCUUAGGCUUCACGCCUUAUCUCAAGGGAAGAUAUUUCGACACGCAAAGAGAUGACGGGGGACUCAUUGCGGGGCUCGCAAAUGGUAUUGCGGAUGGGGAGCCCGGCGCAAUUCCAAUGCACGAACUGUUCGGGAGACAGGUGCAGAACGGAGCGUUGACGAAUCUUCAAUUCUUCACAGGAUCACUGGGUGGAAUCAAAGCUCCUGCAAUUGUGCAAAGCAACGACUCGCAACGACCGUAUUCUGUCAUGGGGGACACGUUUCCAGACUACGCCACGGCAGCUUCGAGGUCCUGCAGCGUGCAGAACAACAACUGCUGCAACCAAGCUAAUGCCGCUGGCAACGCGCAGUCGGCAAACACGAACUCUCAGCAGGGCCAGUCGGGCCACCAGGAUGGCCAGCAGUCGACAUCGACUUCGUUGCAGCUACCUUCGAAAUCCUCAACGAGCUCAGCAUCCGCUUCCAGUUCGCAGGCAGGCCAGAGCCAGAACGGCGCGCAGGACCCAAAUGGGGCGAAUAGCCAAAGCGGAUCCCAGUCCCCAGAUGCAGCAAAAAGUUCAACGAGCUCCGCAGCACACAGCUCGAGUGGGGCGGCGCAGCAAAGUGCAAAUCAACAUGCGAACACCAAGACAAGCAGCACGAGAAGCUCGAGCACGACUGGAUCAAGUUCGACGGGAUCAAGCUCGAGAGGCUCAAGUACAAGCAGCUCCGUAAAGGCGGGAAGCACGUCAGAUGGCGGCCAGCAAAGCCAGAAUCAACAGCAGGGGAGCCAGAUGAACGGCAGCGCCAAUUCCAACGCGAAUGAGAAUCAGCGGAGACAGAGCAACGAGGAGCUCAGCGUGGAGAACUGCAACGCCCAGAUGACGCAGUGCAAUGCCGUCAUCAAGUCUGCGCCCUUUCAAACGUUCAACCUCGUCAAUGUUGGGCCCGAUCCCAACGAUCCGUCAUUCGACUUGUUGUGCUCACCGUGAAACGAAUAGCAGUCGCUCUCCAGACAAGGAGGAGCAUCCACGGAAGAACCCACCCCACCCCUCUGAUUUCUUUUCCCUUUUUAUUUCCCUGAAAAUUUGGCAUAUUCAGCGUUGGAGUUGGGGUUUCAACGGUACCACUCGCAUUUACCCUCGCUUGGGCUCAUUGCAUUGGGAGGCACAACGCGCCACAGCCGCGUUAUAUAAAACUUCGAUCAUUUUGAUCCGCGUGGCUGGUCAGGAAAGGAAGCCAACCUGGACACGCGCAUCAUACCCUUGUAACAUUUAUA